GGCGACAGCAGGUGAUAAAAGGGCAGCGCCGGGAGAUGAGCCCUGUAUGAGGAAGUCACAGCUUCUCCCCAACAAGCAGGAAAUACAGAGAGAAAUAUAUAGAGAGAGAAACAGCAGCUGGACGCUCCUCUUCUCCCCUCACUGGACAAUAAAUGGCCACUUUGCCUCCUGGGAUCCGCUUCUUCCUGUCGUUUUCUAAGGACCAGUGGUUUCGAGCUCUGGUUUUGUUUCUCACCUAUCUGCUCUAUUGCAGCUUCCAUCUGUCUAGGAAGCCAAUUACUAUAGUUAAGGGAGAGUUACACAAACACUGCUCAGAGCCCAAUGAGGUUGAACCACACAGCUACAAGGAGUUUGUCAUCUUGAAGCCCCUGCCCUCGUCCACGGUCCACAAUGCCUCCCGCUGCGGUUGGGCGCCAUUCGAUAAGAAGAAUUAUAAGCAGCUGCUUGGGGCCCUGGACUACUCCUUCCUGUGUGCGUACGCCGUGGGGAUGUACCUGAGUGGGAUGAUUGGAGAGCGUUUGCCCCUCCGCUAUUUCCUGUCUUCUGGCAUGGUGGCCAGUGGCUUCUUCACUGUCCUCUUUGGAUUGGGAUAUUUCUACAACAUCCACAACCUGACCUACUACAUCAUCAUCCAGGUGCUGAAUGGUUUGGUUCAGACCACAGGGUGGCCGAGUGUAGUCACCUGCAUUGGAAACUGGUUUGGAAAAGGAAGGAGAGGUCUCAUCAUGGGAGUCUGGAACUCGCACACCUCUGUGGGUAACAUCUUGGGGUCCCUCAUUGCUGGAUUCUGGGUGUCCUCCUGUUGGGGGAUGUCAUUCGUGGUCCCUGGGGUGAUUAUUGGAGUCAUGGGCGUCGUCUGUUUCCUGUUCCUCAUAGAGCAUCCUCGAGACAUCAAGAUCGAGAGUCCUCCUCUGUCUCCUCCAAACGUCUCAUGUAAUGGACUGAAGAUCCAAAAUCAAAUCCUAAAGGCGGAAGAAUCUUAUCCUGAAAAGAACUGGGAGAUGCAGAAUAUGCUGGGUCCUACACCCGUGUACCCCACUCAUCAUGUGGUCAUUCUGCAGAGGGACCCCAGUGCUGGGAGGAGCGGAACAUCUGCCAUCAGCUUCUUUGGGGCACUACAAAUACCAGGGGUGGUAGAGUUCUCCAUGUGUUUGUUAUUUGCCAAACUGGUCAGUUACACGUUCCUGUUCUGGUUGCCGCUCUACAUGACCAGUGUGGGUCAUAUGGAUGCUCGUCAUGCCGGAGACUUGUCAACAUUGUUUGAUGUUGGUGGAAUUAUUGGUGGAAUUCUGGCGGGAGUAAUUUCUGACAAAUCCCACAAGCGAGCAACAACCUGUGGAGUAAUGCUGCUGUUUGCAGCCCCCACGCUUUACUUCUUUUCGGCCGUCAGUAAAACAGGACCAGCAUCUACAGUGGUGAUGUUGCUGGUCAGUGGAGCUCUGGUCAAUGGACCGUAUUCCCUCAUCACAACAGCUGUGUCUGCUGACCUGGGAACUCACAAUUCAUUGAAAGGAAAUGCCCAUGCUUUAUCCACAGUGACUGCUAUCAUAGACGGGACAGGCUCUGUGGGUGCUGCCCUUGGUCCUCUGCUCGCUGGUCUUCUGUCUCCCUAUGGCUGGCACAAUGUAUUUUUCAUGCUCAUGAUAAGCGAUGCAUUCGCCUUGUUGUGUUUAUUACGUCUCAUCAAGAAAGAAUUGAAAUGUGUCCGGCAGCCAGUAGUAGAACAGACAGAGUGGAAGGAACAUUAAGAAGAGGAACAUUAGUCCCGUGGCCAUGUUACAACAUGAAGAUUUUGCACCUUUGACAGGAUCAGAUACAUGCUGUGUAUGGUCUCCACACUGCGGUCCCAUAUCUGACCAUGGAUCUUGAAUAUGUCUAUAUAUCUUAUUUCUACACACGAGUAUCUCAAUGUCCGAUUACUAAGGCAUAAAGAAUGACACCAGUUUAUGGGCACAAACUGUAUGGAGACACCUGGAGCCGCUGCACCUCUAUAAUCUGGAGUCGGAUUACAGGGAGACUGAUUCGAGUGGACAGUACUUCUGUAGUGUUCACAUCAUGUUGAAUGUCUAUGUCAUGACCAAUAUGUGAAAUGGAUGCCUCUAAUGGGUGUCCUACAUUGCCUUCCAUCAUCCACUGACUUCCACUGUAAAGAUGUUUAAGGCAGGCGGUUUUUGACUGAAUGCCGUUGUAUGAAAUAACACCAUCUACUCCGCUAUACUGACACAUCCUGACAUGUUAUAACCAGACGGAGGCCAUGAAGACACUCUUUUGGCCCCCCCCCCCAUAACCCUCUGGACACAUUUAGUGCUUAAGGAGCUUCAGACAAGACUAGUAUGAUGCGAACAUUCGAUGAGAAUCCAACCGAAACCUCUGUAUGAAGUGGUAGGUACAAUAUGGAGUGUAUACAGUGCAUUGGGAAAGUCCUCAGCCCCUCUCAUAUUGACAUAAGUAUUCCACCUCUUUACUCAGGAGUUGGUUGAAGCCCCUUUGGCAGUAUUUCCAGCCUCUAGUCUUCUUGGGGAUGAUGCCACAAGGUUUACACAUGGAUUUAGGGAUUUUCAGUCAUUCUUCUCUGCAGAUCCUCUCCAGCUCUUUCAGGUUGGAUGGGGGCUGUCGGUGGACAGCCAUUUUCAGGUCUCUGGUUUUAGGGCUCUGGCUGGGCCACUUAAGGACAUUUACAGAGAUGUCCCUAAGUGGCUGUGUGCUUAGGGUCUUGCCUUGUUGUAAGGUUACCUUUUGGCCCAGUCUGAGUUCCAGAGCUCUAGAUAAGGUUUUCAUUAAGAAUAUCUCUGCUCUAUUCUGUGUUCCCUCAACCCUGACCAGACUCCUUGUCCCACCAUCAUGAUGCUGCCUCCACCAUGCUUUGCUGUAGGGAUGGUAUUGGGCAGGUGAUGAGCGGCGCCUAGUCUCCUCCAGACAUGACGCCUAGAAUUGAGGCCAGAAAGUUCUAUCUUGGUUUCACCAGAGGAGAGAAUCUUGUUCCUAACAGUCUGAUGUCCUUUAGAUGCUUUACUACAAACUCCAGGCGGCUUUCAUGUGUCUUUUACUGAAGAGAGGCUUCUUUCCGGCCACUCUGCCAUAAAGCCCAGAUUGGUAGAGGCUGCAGUGAUGGCUGACCUGGAUCACAGGGUCUUUAGAGCUCAGCCAGAGUGACCAUUGGGUCACCUCUGUUACCAAGGCCCUUUCCCCUAAUUACUUAGUUAGGGGGGGGGGGGCAGCUGUAGCAACAGUCCUGGCUGUUGUUCUUCUUCCAUGUAAGAAUUGUGGAGGCCACUGCGCUCCUGCAAACCCCUUCUCCAAAUCGGUGUCUCCACACAAUCCCGUCUCUGAGCUAUACAGGCAGUUCUCUCCUCAUGGCUUGGUUUUUGCUCUUAUAUGCAUUGUCUGAGAGAUCUUAUAUAGACAGGGCUGUGUCUUUUCAAAUCAUCUCCAGUCCAUAGAAUUUACCACAGGUGGCUCCAAUCAACAUGCAGAACAUCUCAGAGAUGAUCCAGAGAAAUGGGAGGGCCUAGAGCUAAAUGUCAAACAUUGCAGUAAAGGGGCUGAAUACUUUUGUCCUGAGUAAAGGGGCUGAAUAUUUCUGUUCUCACUUUCUCAUUAUGGGGAUUGAGGACAGAAUGAUGGGGGAACUGAUAGCACGAGGAGCGAGAUAACAAAAUGUGAGGAAAAUGAUAGGGUGUGAGGACUUUCCCAAAGCACUGUAUGUGGCUGACAUCAUUACCUCAGGGAAGUUCUCUCCUAAGCCCAUAGCAUUGCUCUGACAGUAUACGUGUCCGUUCUGUGAAUCAGCCGAGCCCAUAGUCUCUCUCUGACAGUAUACGUGUCCGUUCUGUGCAUCGGCUGAGCCCAUAGUCUCUCUCUGACAGUAUACGUGUCCGUUCUGUGCAUUGGCUGAGCCCAUAGUCUCUGUGUAAACGACUGUUCUGUGCAUCGGCUGAGCGCACGGUCUCUAUCGGACAGUGUACAUAUCCGUUCUGUGCAUCGGCUGAGCCCAUGCUCUCUCUCCACUGGUGUACAUAUCCGUUCUGUGCAUUGGCUGAGCCCAUAGUCUAUCUCUCCGAUGGUGUACAUGUCCGUUCUGUGCAUUGGCUGAGCCCAUGCUCUCUCUCCACUGGUGUACAUAUCCGUUCUGUGCAUCGGCUGAGCGCACGGUCUCUAUCGGACAGUGUACAUAUCCGUUCUGUGCAUCGGCUGAGCCCAUGCUCUCUCUCCGAUGGUGUACGUGUCUGUUCUGUUUGUCUGUACCACUAAGGUCAAUCGCCCUGUGGACACUGUGUAUAUAGUUACAGUAUUUAUUAUCCUCCUGUGAGAUUUGUAUGUAUUCUGUAUUGUUUUACCUGAACUUUUAUGUGCGCCCCGGCCUAUCCUUGAGCAGUGAUAUGGAGAGCCGUCAUGUAUGGUGGACGCCACUUUCCUAGUGAAUAUCUCCUCCCCAAGCACUGGAAUCAACAUGGCUGAUGUGGUUACCAAGCCGUGUUCACCACCAUAUUCUAAGAGGAUCUUAUACAUGGCCGCAUUGAAAUGCAGUAAGAACGUGUU